CUUGAUUUCCUGCCGAUCUACGUUCACGGAGAGAGAUGAUAAGUCAGAGGCUUCGCCGGCUGAUAUUAUCGCAAAAAUGGACAAAGAAAGAGUGGACUGUGGCUGCUGCAGUCUCACUUGUUGUCCUCAUGUAUGCUUUCUCUUUUUUGUCCGAAUCACAGUCUAAAGACCGGUCCAAUGGUGCCCAACCCUUUGGUUCCUCUUCCGCGGUUUCAGUUCCUUUAACCUUGCUGAGGAAUUCCAAGGAGAAGGGAGCAUUUUGCUUGGAUGGUAGUUCUCCAGGGUACCAUAUACAGAAGGGUUUUGGAUCAGGCUUGGAAAGUUGGGUUCUUCACAUUGAGGGUGGAGGUUGGUGUGGUACAAUUGAAGGAUGCUCUUCUAGAAGGGGAACCCAAUUAGGUUCAUCUAAUAGUAUGGAUCUUCAAGUCCAAUUUUCAGGAAUUUUAAGUAGCCUACCCUCUCAAAAUCCAGAUUUCUUCAACUGGAACAAGGUGAAGAUUCGAUACUGUGAUGGUGGAUCUCUCUCUGGGCAUCCCGAAGCUGAGUUUACCAACGGAACUACCCUCCUUUUCAGAGGUCAGCUCAUUUGGGAAGCAAUAAUGGAUGAACUCUUGUCGUUGGGGCUAUCCAACGCUAAGCAGGCUCUUCUUUCAGGAUGCUCAGCUGGGGGACUGGCGACCUUCUUGCAUUGUGACGAUUUCAGAGAGAUUCUUCCAAAAGAUAUUACAGUCAAAUGUCUAGCAGAUGCAAGUUUCUUCCUUAACGAGAAAGAUAUUGCUGGACAGAACACCAUGGCAUCUUUAUAUCAAAGUGUUGUAAACCUUCAGGGCAGUGAAAAAAGUUUGGACAAGGAAUGUCUUACAAGAACAGAGUCGUCUAAGCAUUAUCAAUGUCUCUUCCCUCAAGAAUUUUUGAUGAACAUAAAGACUCCUCUGUUCCUUGUCCAUCCAGCUUAUGAUUUUUGGCAGAUACAACAUAUCUUUGUACCAGAUAAUUCUGAUCCUCGUGGAGAAUGGUUCAGGUGCAAGCGGAAUAUUCUUCAGUGUAACUCGGAACAACUCGAAGUACUACACGGCUACAGGAAUUCGUUGCUAAAGAUACUUGACGAUGUGCAACAAAAGAAGAAAUUUGGAAUGUUCGUAAACUCUUGUUUCGUUCACUGCCAGACAUGGAUGACUGAGACUUGGCAUUCUCCAAAUUCACCAAGAAUCAACAAUAAGACAAUUGCAGAAUCUGUGGGUGAUUGGUAUUUUGGUCGGAAAGAUGUAAAGCAUAUCGACUGUCCAUUUCCUUGCAAUCCAACAUGCCGUAAUAUGGACAUGUUACAUUCAAUAUUACAUUAACGAUUCGGAUAUGCGGAAGUUUGCCUACAGUUUUCCACCUCUCAACCGCCAAAGUCUUGUCUAUUAUGCUCUCUUUGCCUCCUGACGAUAUCUUUGGAGAAACUUCACCACCCAAAAGAUGAAAACUUUGGAUCUUCCUCUCAUAACAUAUCUGCAAUUUGUUGUACUAUAUAUUGAUUUAUGGGAUAACCCAUUUAUAUCAGCCACUAUAGAAUGAAUGCUUAUGUUUUGAAAACUAACUUCCUUAUUUUUGUCCAAAUCUUGGGUUAUUAAAGUGGUUCUUACUUUCAAACUUCA